GCCACUACAUAAUAAUUGUCAUGUCUUACUUGAGGUGUAAACCAAAGGAUAAACAGCAUUUUUAAAUCAUGCCUGUAUAAAACACGAUAGACCGGACGUAACCGCCAAAUAAUUAAUAAAUAAAUGGAGGCCGUUUGAUGCUGGCGGAACUUUUGAGCUGGUCUUCAUGUUCUACACGGACACUUUUGCAUCGGACCACAGCUAAGGUGCCUGACGAGAUGGAAGUGAAAAAUGCUAACGCUGCUAUGCUCAGUAACUAUGAGGUGUUUAAACUCCUGACAGACCUGAAGGAACAGAGGAAGGACAGUGGGAAGAACAAACACAGCGCCGGGCAGCAGAAUCUCAACACCAUUAUGUAUGAGACGCUGAAGUACCUGUCGAAGACACCCUGCAGCAGACAGAGUCCAGAGAUCGUCAAAGAAUUUCUCACCACCAUGAUGCCUCACAAACUCACAAAGGCCGAGAAACUGCAUCUGUUGAACCACCGACCACAGACAGCGGUGGAAAUUCAGCUAAUGGUUGAAGAGAGUGAAGAGCGGUUAUCAGAGGAGCAGAUUGAGGAGCUCAUCCAGACAGUCGCAGACGUCCUGCCCGGUGACCCAGAGCAAGAAAACGCAGCUCCAGCAGACGCAGAGAUGGAUGAAGCUGCUGAACAGUCCUGACACAGUGACAGGCCAGAACUGACCCGCAGGAGACCCGGAGCGAAGGUCAAAACUUAUUACAGAGCUGGACUGGUUUCUUUUUUUUUACCUGCGCCAUUUUCCCAUCACCGUUUAAAGUGGACAACAUGCAGACAGAACGGAUGCACAACGGCUGCCUGGCAACGGCUAAAACGACUUCAUUAACUCUGAAAUGUAAUGAAUGGAAGAAGAUGCAUGUACGUGUAUAUAAAUCAAACAUACACAUGCUUUUCAAGUACAGGUUUAUGCGCCGUGAGUCACAGUUGGUCUUGUUUUGCUUCUGACUCUUCUAAUUUGUAUUUCACAUCAGUUAAUGUGAGAGACAGUCAGCUGUUUACUUUGUAUAUUUUUGGUUUCUGACUUAACGUUAGUCAUCAGUUUCUACUAUGGUGCAUAGAAAUAAGGGUUUCUGCUGCUGUAUGAUUUCCCAAGCUGUAAUAUAAGUCAGUCAUGCAAUUAAACUUGCACUUGUACAGCACUAACAGAAGGUCAGACAGUAUUAUUAGAGCGGCUGUGUAAUGACACAAGGGACCAAGUGGUGAUCGUUGUCUCUUCUUGGUGAGAGGAAAGAGAUGUUAUGUAAAAUAAAAGCUGCAGGCCUUUUUUGAAUGUU